GAAGAUUAGCUAUUCUAUAAAUUUUAUCUUUACGAGCCUCUAUUCGUGAAUUUGCGUCUGUUAUUGCUCGCAUUGGAUGAAAUAUCGGCUAUCUUGACAAAAAUGCCUAAAUUUUGCUUUAUAUCGGUUCUAUUUGAGCUGAAAUGGCACUCGCGAGUUAUACAUUUACUACGAAACAGGGUAUUUUUAUGAUCUCGAUUUGAAGUUGUAGUCUGACGUCUGUGACAUCCAAAAUGAGCUGGAUAGAUCCAAGAAGCGACCUGCAAACCUGGAAAUUUGCAAUUUUCAAGAGGGAGUGAUAUUGCAAUUUCCUACCUUUUGUCGUUCGAUUGUGCUUCUUCUCGUCAGCCGACAUUAGAAUUUGUAUUGAAAAAUACGGAGUUAAUGGUUAAAGAACAGAAAGAUUUGGUUUCAUUUAGUCAGAUGGCACCAGCUUCUUUCGUUACUUACAAUGAUGAAAUUACCAGUAAACAUGUCGCGCCUGUUUUAUGUUUGAAGCCUGGUUUAGUUGACGCUUCUUACAAGCCAAGGGCAUCUUGUUUCAACAUAAGUUUCAGAGACAUCGGAUUCCCUUCUGAAGGAGCGUAGUAAUAAUCAGAAGCAGUUGAUGGUGUUUUUGUCCUAUGACGAUAUCGUCGUUUUCUUUUUCAUCUAUUCCAGAACCAGUCCAUUGUACUUCUGUUGAAAUAAAUAACAAAGAUUUGCCCAAGAGUCUGGUAAAGAUGAAGACUGUGUGCUCUGUAUCCGUUUUUUCGAGGGUCAGGGCUUCUGGUGAAAGUAUAUCUUGUUAUUUACCUUCUCCUUCGGCCUCUACAUUUCAAAGAUUGGGUUUAAAUCACUCACAGUGGUGUGGACGUGACAGUCUAAGGUUUCGAGAUGGACAUAAAAGGAUUUUAGUUAAUCAAGUUACUAGGCGACCUGCCAUUGCUCUAAGUGCUCUCGGGGGUCAGAUGAGUAGAAGCAUAGCUAAUCAGGAGGUCUGCAACCCUGCAAACUUCUUUGAAAGUGUAUUGAAGACUGCAAGGAAAAGAUUCUGCGAUGAGAUUUCUUUUCGUGUUGAAGAUAGAAAUGUUUCUCUUGCAAAGGCUAUGUUAUUGAUUGCUGCAGAGGAUGAAGCAUUUGUUUCUUAUAAUCAUGAUAUGGAUGCUCAUUCUGUUCUAAGCGAAGGGAGAGAAGUUCCCAGAUCCAAUAGGCAGCCUCCUGAUGAAGGUAGCUUAGAUGCUUUUCUUCUGAAUGGAAAAAGCAUUACAUCAUGGCUCUCUGAGCUUGAUGUUAUAGCAAGACAGGUAGAAGCAGAGUUAGUAUCAAAAGAAAUUGGAUGUUAUUUGGCUGAAGUUUUGGAGGCAGUUAAUGUAGUUCUCUUUGAUUUACGAGGGUUCACUAGAUCAUCUGUUUUGAAAGAUCCAAAACAGUCAUACUUGCAUACGGUGCUAAGUUCUGCAUCUGGAAGUGCUAUAAUGCUAAGCAUUAUAUAUAUUGAAGUUUGCCGGAGACUUGGAGUUACUAUUGUAGGAGCACGAAUUGGAGAGGAUUUUUUGAUAUGGCCCGAAACUAACAACACAGAGGAGCUCUUCAAACUAUCUGAAGGGGAAAGUUGGUUUGCUAGAGUAAAUGGUAAUUGUGUUAAGCAUCCUGGAUCUAAGGCUUCUGAUUUGAAUAGUGGAUCGCUUCCCAGUAUUGAACUUGGGUCAAACAGAGACAUCACCGCAAUUGCUUUGGCAAAUCUCAAAAGGCUUUACUGGAAAUCUGCUUCAAGGGCACACCCUGGAUUGUUGCUAACUUCGCCACUUCGACCCGUGGGUCAUACUUCUGAGAAACAAAAGAAAGUUGACAGUCCAAAUGCUUUAACCUUGCGGCCAGAGGAACUAAGCAAGUGCUGGAGGGAGAGUUUUGAACAACCAGAAUUUUUGCUGGAGAUCUGCGCUCAUUUGACCACCGUUUGAAUGCAACAAGUUGGAGCACGGUUCAUGGAAAGUGGGAGGGCUUUUUGUGUGUUAAUAACAUUGGAAGAUUCAGAAUAACAGUAGCAAUUUAUAACAUUGCUACAACAACUUCGAAUAUUUCUAAUGUUUUGUUAUGUGUUGUGUGUGUAUUUAUAUGCAUUUGUGCUUGUGUGCAUUUAAGUAUAUAUGUAUGUGUGUAUAUAUAUACAUAUGUAGAUAUAUUGAUAACAGAGGGACACAUUUUAUGGCUCUGCGCGCUUACCCUGCAAGCCCAUAAUGUUGAAACCUGGUAACCGUGAUGUCUAGCUAUAUCAUGCUUGAUUUAACUUUGCUAGUUAUGCUAACUAGUAUGCUACAAACGAGCUAUUACUAGUUAUGCUAACUAGCAUGCUACAAACGAUAGAAAUUCACAUGUUAAACUGCUACUACCCUUUAUCCAUAUUCAGUAAGAAAAUGUUUGGGAACUUGAAUUUA